AUGUCCAGUAAUACUGAAAUUAAGACCACAAAGUUUCAGUCAAUUAAAUUGUUCGGUCGUAAAUUGAUCAAUUCAAGAAGCUUUGAUAAUACCACUUCUACAAGUGUAAAAGUACCCAAACUAAAGAAGAAAAACACUUCACCUGGCGAAGAAUUGAAAACAAGAACACCAGUAAGGUCAUCCACCUCUGCGAAGUUAUUAAGUCGUAAUAAUACAAAUCCAUUCACUCUAAAGAAUAACUCUACAACUAAUGGUACUAGUACACCACUUACGAGAGAUUCAUCACUAAAUACGAUUGAUAAACCACUAAUCUAUAACCCAUAUGGAACAAAUACCAGCAGUAAUCACUAUAAUACAACUAAACCGGAUGCAACGUUCUAUUUACACGAUGGUUCUACUAAACAGCGUGUGUUGUCACUACCGUUACGUGAUCCAAAUGAAAUGCUUCCCGAUGAGUUUAAACAAAUAUCAGUACAACUCUUCGAUAAUUUCAAAUUUGAAAACGAUACAAAUAUAGGGAAUGGUGGUACAUCAGAAGUUAAGAAGAUAUCCAAUGUGAAUGGCGCGAAAAUAUACGCUUUUAAAAGGUUGAAUAUGAUUUAUGAUGAAAAUGAUGAAACUUACUAUAAACGUUGUUCAAGAGAAUUUAUCAUCGCUAAAUAUUUGAAUGAUGAAAAUUUGAAAUUACAAAAUAAUAAAGAUUUUAAUAAAUAUAACGGUGGAAUACAUAUUGUUGGUGUAUAUGAUCUUUUAAAGGUACCGACAACGACCUUUAUGUGUAGAGGUUGGGGCUAUGUUAUGGAAUUAGGUAAAUGUGAUUUGUUCCAUCUAAUAAGUAAAUCAGGUUGGAAAAAUGUGCAUUUGAAUGAAAAAUAUUGUAUCUUUAAGCAAAUUUGUCUCGGUAUAAAAUUUAUGCAUGAUAAAGGUAUUGCUCAUAGAGAUAUUAAGCCAGAAAAUAUACUGUUUGAUUACGAUGGUGUGGUGAAAAUUACAGAUUUUGGUAUAUCGAAUUGGCUAUACAAUGAACCUCGGGAUUUUGAAUCUGGUAUCAAAUUAUUUGCCGGCAUGAUUGGUUCACCACCUUAUACGGCACCAGAAGUUAUGAUGUACGAUGCAAAAAAGAAUUAUAGUGUGGACUUACAGAAACCUUAUGAUGCUAGACUAAUGGAUAGUUAUGCAUUGGGUAUUUUACUGAUGGUUAUGGUUAGCAAUGGAUUACAACCUUUUAUGGAAUCAUGUUCUAAGGAUUCCAAGUUUAGAGAUUACGAAAAUGGGUACAAUAAUUUUAUUAAAUAUAACAACAAAAAUUUUAGAACGAAGGGUAAUUAUAGGCCGGGACCCGGAUCGGAGUAUCAGUUUGCUAAGAUUUUCAAAGAUAGUGAGAGCUCGAGGGCUUGUUGGAGACUAGCAGAUCCUGUGGCUUCCACCAGAUACACCAUGGAUGAUUUACUCGAAGAUCCAUGGUUUACUAAGAUUGAAACAUGUAUCAGUAUGGAAGAUACGUAUGACAAUCUUUUCACCAAUGCAAUUCCCGAGAUAAAGCCACCAACGAUCACUCCACCAAUGUCACCUUCAACCAAUAAUAAUAACGGUACCGAACAAGAAAUAUCCAGAUCGAUGUGUGAUUUCUCAACUCCAGAUGAUACAAAGACGACGGUAUCGUUUUCUAGUGGUGCAUCGAGUAGCAUGUUAUUGACAUUAGAAGAACGUAACGAAGCUCUUGAAAGCAUUGUGCCAUUGAAUGAAAUAUCUAAGAAAUCCAGUACGAUGAUCAGCCGCCAUAGCAGUAUAACAAGAAGGACGUCGACCCCAAGAAGAACGACGUCGGGUCAGAAGAAGAAACUGGUCCACGAUCAUUUGAAUGUGGUGAGUAGUGUAACAAAUUUACUAGAAUCGACCAAAAACUCCUCCUUAGCGUCCUCCAUAGGUUCAGCCUCCUUCAAAUCGAGAAGAUAA